AUCCCAUCUCUCUCCUAUCUCUCCCACAGGGCGCACACAAAAUUUGAAACCAUUUCCUCUCCUUCUCUCUCAAGAAACAAAAUCGAAGAAUCCCAGCUGGUUCUUCAAAAAUGGCGUACAAGGAAGAGGAAAAAAUCCCAGUCUUUACCGUCCUCAAGAACGGCGCGAUUCUCAAGAACCUCUUCCUAGUGAACAAUGUUACAGAUCGAGAGAACGAGGAGACAAUAGUUCUCGGAAGACACCCAGAUUGCAACAUAAUGCUUACUCAUCCAAGCAUUAGUAGAUUCCAUCUUCAAAUCCAUUUGAAUCCCUCUUUGCUCAAGGUUUUUGUUGUGGAUUUAUCAUCAGUCCACGGAACGUGGGUUUCAGGGAAGAGGAUUGAAGCAGGGGCUAGAGUGGAGAUGAGGGAAGGGGAUACUCUCAGUGUUGGUGGCUCCAGCAGAGUUUAUAAGCUUCAUUGGGUUCCUUUGAGAGAUGCUUAUGAUUUUGAAUGUCCUAAAGAAAAGAAGGAAGAGGAACUUGCAAUUAUAGAAGAGAAGGCUGUGGAGGAUUGCGAGAAGGAGAUCUCAUUAUCAGAUGAAAAUAAAGAAACUGUGGAGGAUUCAGUUUCUGAUUCUAUUGUGCCUUUUUAUUCUGAUGAGAAUUGGAACAUGGAGUUGAUAAAGGAAGUCAGUGUAGCACCUCUAUCUGGAGAAGUUGAAGGCAUGGUUGUGUCUUCUUUCAAUGAAUGUGGAAAGGAGGAAACUAGUUUGUUUAGCAUACCUUUUGGAAAUGAACUGAAAAGCUUGGAAAUGAGCCUUCAAUCCCCUUGUCUGCCACUUUCAGCUGAUAAUCUGUCAUUUAAUGUUGAAAACAUUAUCAUGUCUUCAAUCUUUGAUAGUGAAACCGAGAGUUCCUCUUGUAAUAUGUUUGAGUGGGAGGAAACUAAUUCAAACAUUUUUCCUGUGGUUGAUGUUAUUACCACUUCAGAGAAUGGAUAUCAACAAUUAGACAACGAAAAGGAGAGCCUGCAACCCCCUUCCAUGUCUCCUUGCGAAGGGAAUUUUUCUGAUAUUGAAGACACUGCCAUGAUUGCAUUUGCUGGUGGCAAAUACGAGAGCUCAUCUAGAAAUGAGUUUGAACAGAUAGAAAUUAGUAAUGUAGCUGUGGUUGAUGAUGAGAAGCCUCAACCAUUCGACACUGAAAGUCGACAAGUUCUUGCAGAGAGGAAUUCGUCCUCAAACGUCGGAGAUGGUGUAGAAAUCCAAUAUCUACCACCAGAUCAAAAAGUAAAAUCAGAAACUUCCACAGAAAAGAUUGAGUUCAUGGAGGAACAUGAGCUGCAUCCUCUAGAUGACAAUCGCUCUUCAAUUAGCACAGAAAAAUGCCUUCAGGAAGUGGAAAUGCUAAGCAAAAUCCAAACAAAAAUUGAGGAAGAUUAUGCAGAUGAAAGAAAUGAAGAGUUAUAUAAGGUAACAGAGUGUCUUCUGGAUUGCCAAGCACAAUAUAAGAAUGACAGCUCUAUGAAGACCACUUCUGAGGUAACACCAAACUUGCCAACGAAGCAGAAUGUUGAACGUUGUGUUGAAGAGAAAUAUAAUGCAAGACUAGAAACAUUUGAACCGAGCAAAAGUGUAGCAGAGAAAGAUUAUGAACAUAAGGAACUCUCAGAGCCCAGUUUUGUACCUUCUGCAACAGACUGGUCGAAGAUUGCAGUAAAGAACGAAAUCCGGACACUACAUGAAAAUGUAUCAGCCAUGGGAGGAAGCAUUUGGUUAAGAAGAGGUAAACCAACUGGUUUUCCUCGAGUUGAAAUAAGAAUGAGUCGAGAAAAUCGAGCAGGGACUUCAUUAAUGGAUGAAAUGAGUUCUGAGAUAACAGGAGAUGAAACAGUGACAAGUACCCUUCUCUCUGAUUUGGGUGGGGAGGAGGAAGAAGAAAUGUUUACUCCAGACAAGGAGAAUUUCACACCAAACACACUUUUGAUGAAAUCAUUGAAGAAGAAGGCUACCAUAGAAAGUAGUGGGGAUUCCUUCAGGUCAUCCAAGUCCCAAACAUCAAUUUUCAAGUCUAGACAUAAUGUGAAACAAGAAGAAGAGCUAAGUGAAGAAUCAGACAAAGAGAACCAAACUUCUAGAGCUCUCCAAGAACAAAAACUGGCCAAACAAAUCUCUAAGAAUAGGAAGUUUGGAAAGGAAAAGUUAUUGAUAAAGAGAGGAGGAACGGAACGGGCGCCGUUCCAAUCAUUGCAGUCAAAUUUGGCCGAAAAGAAGAGUCCGGAGGCUACUUCUGCCAGAAAGAGUAAUAUAGCUGUGUCGACAGGGGCCAUGAAGAAAAAACUCACAGUAGGAAAGAAGCGUUGGACUAUGGUUGUGGACAUCAAUUCUCUUCUGAACAAGGAAUCAAUGAAGUCACUACAGCGUUUACAAGGUCUCCAAGGGACACAUUUGAUCGUUCCGCGAAUUGUCAUAAGGGAGCUGGAUUGCUUGAGACGACACGGUCGCCUCUUCCGGAAAACGACAGAGGCAGCUUCAGUUCUUGAAUGGAUUGAAGAUUGUAUGGUGAAAACAAGAUGGUGGAUUGAUGUUGAGUGUUGGGAAGAAGGCAGGCCUGCUGCAACACCUCCGGCUACUCCUCAAGCUCCAUACACUGAGGAGAGCAGUGAGAGUUUGCUGUGGAGGACAUCAAGCAAAAUCCAGUCCAUUGCUGCACAGAGAAGUUUGAUGGAAGCUCUUUCACCAACUCCAGAAGAUCAUAUCCUUGACUGUGCUCUUCACGCUAGGAGGAGGGCAGUGAAUCGUGGACAACUUGUUGUGUUAAGCGAUGAUGUGACCCUGAAAAUAAAAGCCAUGGCUGAGGGACUAAUUUGUGAAACGGCCAAAGAAUUCAGGGAGAGUUUAGUGAAUCCAUUUUCAGAGAGGUUCUUGUGGGCUGAUAGCUCUCCAAGGGGACUUACUUGGUCUUGCCCUGAUGAUGUUGUCUUGAGGGAACGGUACGAUCGAUGCUCGUCAAGGUCGUCGAAAGGGUUGGAGGGAGCUAAGGGCCUGAAGCUCAUUUUGCUUCACAACUCCCAUUAUGGAGCGUCCAGAUAAGAGAUUUCUGUUAUCUCUUGUAACAACGGACUGACUCUAUUUUGCACACUAUUGGAAACUGCUGGUUUUUUAGUAAAUUUUGCAAUCAGUAUGGAAU